GAGAGAGAGAACAGAGGGAGGGGGUGGGAUAUUUCUGAGCUCAGGGCCGAGGAUUAGGCAGAGAGCAGUCCCAGUACGAUGACAGCAUCCAGCAUAUAGCCAAACCCCCCCCACACACCACAUCACCAUCAUCAUCCGGCCCGGGAGGACGCCGCGGAUAUUUUUGAGAAACAAAUAUCGUUACCCCUCAAAUUCUCCGCAUCACUGAUCUUGUUGGGGGACAACCCUCCCAGACUCCCGCUCCGUCUGUCUCCUCCUCAGACCACGAGGUGGCCACACCAGAUUGGGAUUGGCCCUCAUGAUCACAAGGACCCCCCUCCACCUCUUUUCAGCCAAUCCUGGAGGGGCUGCAGAGCUGAUGUCUCAGAGGGCGAGAGGGUAUUUGUGUUCUGGAGUCCUGAAGAGACAAGCCACAUCACGAUAAAUGGAGGAGAAGGAGCGAUGUAGGAGCAGGUCUCCAGCUCGGAGGGCCAGUCGGGUGCAGCAGGUGGUGGGAACAAUAAUACGUCGCACCCGAGAGUCGCUUAGCAGAGAGCGGUUGCUAGGCGAUGGGAGGUCACAGCGCUCCAACAGUCUGUCCAAUCAGAACUUCCAGGCCAAGCUGACGCUGCAGAUCACCAGGGACCCGGUCCUCGAUAGCAGCACUGGACAUGGCUUCGCCCUCACCACAAACGCACCCCUGCUGGUUAGGGAUGUCGUCACAGGGAGUCCUGCAGAGGGGAUACUGUUCCCAGGGGACCAGGUGCUGCAGAUUAAUGAUACAAUGCUGGAGGAUUUAAGUGAUGAACAGGUGGAAAACAUCUUAAGGGACUUGGAGGAUUGUAUCACGGUGACUAUCCUGCGGCACAUGACAAAUCCCAAGUCAUCCAUCAUGUCGGCAGAGAAGAGAGCUCGUCUGAGGAGUAAUCCAGUUAAAGUGCGCUUUGCAGAGGAGGUGGUGGUCAACGGGCACACUCAGGGAAACUCUCUUCUCUUCCUGCCCAAUGUCCUAAAAGUAUAUUUAGAGAACGGACAGACCAAGGCCUUUAAGUUUGACAACACCACCACUGUCAAGGACAUUGUUCUGACUCUGAAGGAUAAACUGUCCAUCCGGGCCAUCGAGUACUUUGCCCUGGUGCUAGAGCAACAGUACAGCAUCACCAAACUACUGCUGCUGCACGAAGACGAGCUCAUACAGAAGGUGGUGCAGAAAAAAGACUCCCAUGACUACAGAUGUCUAUUCAGGGUGUGUUUCAUCCCCAGAGACCCCACGGACCUGCUGCAGGAUGACCCCUCUUCCUUUGAGUACCUCUUUUUACAGAGUGUUGGGGAUGUGCUGCAGGAGCGUUUUGCAGUAGAAAUGAAGUGUAACACUGCACUCCGCCUGGCUGCCCUCCACAUGCACGAGAGACUGGAUAGUUGUGGACAGACUAGGGCCUCUAUCAAGUGUAUUACGAAGGAGUUUGGCCUUGACAGCUUCAUCUCUCCCACGCUGCUGAGCAACAUGAGGGAGAAGGACCUGAGGAAAGCCAUCAGCUACCACCUCAAAAAAAUCCAGUCCCUGCUAGAGCCACGCCAGAAGGUAAUAUCUGCUACUCAGGCUCGGUUGGCCUACCUCACUCAGCUGGGAGAGCUCAUUUCAUAUGGGGGACGAUCAUAUACAGCUACAAUGAUGCUUCAGGACAGGGAGGUGUUGGUCAGCCUGCUGGUGGGAGCCAAGUAUGGGAUGAGUCAGGUCAUCAACCAUAAGCUCAACGUGAUCUCUACACUGGUGGAGUUUAGCAGCAUCAGCCGAGUGGAGUUGCUCUCAGAGUCAGACAAAGUCAGCCUACUGCGCAUCUCACUGCACGACAUGAAGCCAUUUGCCUUACUGAUGGACUCUCUGGCAGCCAAAGACUUAGGGUGUCUGCUGGGAGGCUACUGCAAACUUUUGGUGGAUCCCAGUGUCAGUGUCUUCCGUCUGGGGCGCCCAAAAGUGAGGGUGCACCGGAUUCCUGCUGAAGAAGGUGUGUGUGGGAAGUUCGCCGUAAUAGAGGGCGUGUGCUAUGAAUCCCUAUCAAGUUAUGUGUCUCGCUGCUGUAGUGACUCAGAUGACUCAACAGAUGAGGAUGACCCAAUGGAUUCUCAGAAUUACAAAUGCCCAGACCCAGCAAGUCAGGACUGGGAAGAAAGGAGGAGAGAAGAGGAAGAAAAGAGGAGAGAGGAAGAAAGAAAAGAGAGAGAGGAGAACAAAGGCAAACAGGAAGUGAAGAUAAUAGUGACAACAGAAGGUAAGGAAAAUGAGGGUGAAGAGGAAGGAGGAGCGACAGGAAGUGGUCUGCGUAAAUUUAGUAUUAUGGAUGAAGAAAUGAACCUGGAGACCACCUGGUACCACACUGACCCACGGGUCACCAGCAGCUUCUCCAGCUUGUCCAGUGGCUCCUUGAGUGCUGCCCUGGAGGAGAGCAGUGCUGCAGCCAAAGCCCCAUCUCGUCUGGAUUCACUCCGUGGACCACGCACAAGUGAGGAUUUACCAAGCUUGGACGUUCACCACCCCUACCUCCUGGAGCCAAAACGCCACCAAGGGCCCCUACGACCCACCAACCUCAAUUACCGUGGCAAUGACAAUUCUUGCCUUUGCUUUGCUGAACUCUCCAAGGCUGAUUUCCUGCCCAGCCCACCUGAAGCUACUAGUGAUGAUGACGAUGAUGAUGAUGAGGAGGAGGAAGAAUCGCAGGGAGUGGAGGAACUCAGACGCAUUUCUAAGAUCCCUAGUUCAAGAGAUUUGAGACUGAUUGACAGCACACCCUUUGAAAGAUCACCCAUUAAGAGAAAGAAAAAGAUCCCUCCCAAAGUCCCAUUAAGGACGAGUUCAAUUCCUGGGCACAAAGCAGGACAGGCUGAGCAGCGCCUUUCCAAGGACGAAGAGGGUCUAUUCCUGACACCUUCACCCAACCCCAAACCACCUCUUUUUGUUAAAGAGACUGCCUCAGAGUCUGAGGAUGAGUUUUUUGAUGCACAGGAGAGAUUUACUCCCCCAGUUCCUGAUCUAUCAGACGCUGAGCUGGCUGACCGGCGGAAUGCUAACCGGUUGAGUGGAACCUGGAAUGGUCUUCCAGCUGUCCCAGAGAAAGAGCCAUCCUCCCCCCUUGCCAAUAAAGCCCAACUUUCUAAAGUCAAGAAGGAAGAGAUGCUUAAAGGCCCCUCAAAUCAACUUACCAACCAACAGCCCAGUCCACCAAAGCCAUCUCAGAAACCUGAAGUUAAGGUCAAACCACCAUUGGCACCUAAGCCCCAGCUGCCUCCCAAACCUCAGAUCAUUCCUCCCAAAUCGCCCCAGCAUGGGAGAUCAUAUGCCCACUGCAAUGGGGAUGUCUCUCGACAUCUGUCCUCUGAACUCCUGGAAAUGGAGCCAGACACCAUGGAGUUCAAGUCUGUCACAUCUGGUGGACUGCCUCUGUCAUCACCCCUGAUCACAGCAGUGCGGUGCAACAAGCAACCACUACCCAUUACAACACCACAAACUGAGGAAAUAAUGAAGAGGCAAGAAAACAGCCCAAAAGAAAAUAAAGAUCUGACACAUGAGAAUGGAGCGCAUGUUGUUUCCAAUGACAAAGCAUACAUUCCUGAUGAAAAGGAAACUCCUAAAGUUGAGGGGAAAAGCACUGGGACUGCCCUACCCACAAAAAAGCCACCAAACCUACCCCCUAUCCCCCGCUCUAAUUCAGGUACAAAGCUAGCUGUUCCCCCUCCAGUGCCACCCAAACCCACUUCUCCCACCAAUUUCCACCCCUUAUCACUACCUGCUAGCUCUCCUGUCUCCCCAACUGAUCCAAGCAAAGGGAUUUUUAAGGAUAGCAUCAGUCCGCCAAAUGGAAUCCAUCCUUGGAGCAGCUGCAAUGGCAGUGUCCAGUCAGGACCCAAGAGGGUCUCUCUGAGUCAUGAAAGUCUGUCACCCAAAAAUACAGAUGCACCUCUCACCCUUACCACCUCCCUCACCUCAACCAACUCCAAAGGUAUUGGGGGCCUAGAAAACAGAGAACCUGGAAGAUCUGGAUCAGGAUCAGACCUGAGGACCAGCUCUUCUAGCCUGGGAGGCAGACUACCAGCUUCUGCCCUGAGAGGGAAGAUCCAGGCUCUGCCUUGGUACAUGACCCGUUCCCAGGAGAUUUUGGGAACUCUGGACUAUCCCUCCACUAGCUCCAUCAAUGGAGACACAUCUGGAUUUGGCUCCGGUUUGUCUGUAGCCAGUGGUUUAUCAGACUUAAACAAGACUCCUGUUAAGGAAAAAGAGACCGUGACCUCAAAAUCAGGAGGGAAAGGGAACAUUUUAGAGGAUGGAGCUGAGGUUGUCAUAGCCACCAUCAAAGAGGCCCAGGAAGUUACCUCACACAUGAAAAAGGCCAAUGGGACAAACGGCUCCCACCCGAAUCUGAGUUUUAAAGAGAAUAGUGCACACCGUGGCAGUGUUUCAUCAGAGCAGCCUCAGUCACGGCCCCAUUCAGCGGUGGGGUUGGGAGGUGUGUCCAGCAUGCAAAUUGGAGGUGACUCACCAACCUCCUCACUCGCAGACAGUACUCCUCCACAGCAGCACCAGGAGGCUUGUGGCUGCCACACUGUUUACGCCAACUGUUUCAGUGGAGACAUUGAGGACGGUGUAAGCUUUGAUGAGGAGCUUACCGUUUAUGAGUUCUCUCGCCGAACACGCCCCAAACCUGCCCGACCCGCACCUGUCUCUUCUCCUACAACACCAUCUCCAAACCCCAAUAUUCUGUCACUGCUUAGGGACAACCCCCGUCCGCUCUCUACUUUCUCCACUGUCUCCUCUGAACUCAGUCCCCUAGUUUCACGUCCAGUUUCCCCCACAACCUCACUUGGUUGUCCUCUUCGUUCACUUACCAACAAGAAUUAUGGUGGGCUGAAAGGAGGUUUUGCCUCCCUACGUCAAGAUAUAGACCAACUUCUGCUGGUCUUAGAGAGGGGAGCACUGGAACAACCCCACCAGACAUCAUUUCAAGACUCAAACCAAGAUAUCACAGGCAUAAAAGUAGGGCCUGACCUAAAUCACAAUGGAACUGAAGGCAGUACUACCCCAGCACUCAGCCCAAAUUGUACUGGGACAAGCACCGCCGCCAUGACAGAGGCUGAAAGGAGUCUUCUUCAGGCAGAGGCUCGACGAUUGGCGUCUGGGUGUCAGCGGGCCACACGUGUAGGCUGGGCUCCUGAUGAAGCCCUACGUUCUUUAUCUAACAGCUUCAGUGCCCUGGUUCAGUUGUCAGCAGCCUGCCUGCGAACAAACCCUUGCCCUGGUUGUGACAUCUGCCAUAAUGUGAGUCUGGUCCACAGGGAUAAGGACGAUGACAGCCAGGAACCCAUGGACAAGCUAAAGGAGAUAGUGGGUCUGUACCGGGAGUUUGUUGUUGCUGUUGAGACAGCUGGAACUGGUGCUGCGGUUGGGGGUAAGAGUGUGGGCCUCACUGGGUCUGGACAGGGUCAGGGCGAGAGUGAUGGGGUGAGGCUACUAGCCAAACGCUGCACUGUGCUCAUCUCCUCUGUAUUCGCACUCACACAGCUCUUCCGGACAUGCACACUAGACACCUUGGACACGCCUGGCCACGUACCACUCAACUUUUGACCUGUGAACGUUUACUCACUAAUAACCCACUGACUCUUGAGGUGAGACAAGAGGAAACAGCACAGAGCAAUUUGGUGUGUAAUCCCUGUGUUCUUGUACAGUAAGUGCCAUACACACCACAGCACACAAACUUUAACCCACAUUACACAUACACACAUGGAAAACACAUACACCAAACAAAACCCUAAACGAAGAGAGGAAACUUCAUUGCUUGGCCUCUUCUUGGACGCAUAUGGACUAUGCAUUUGUACAAAUGAAUUUUAUAAUUAUCUUAUAAUUCUCUUAUUUUAUUAUACAAUAUGUGUAUGUAUGUAUGGAUGGAUUACCCAUGUAUGUAUUUAUGUAUUUAUUUUUACAAUAUUUGCACCAUGGUCUGUGAUGUGCAGGUCUGUGGUGAAAAAAAACUAUGGAUGUCACUGGAAUUUUUAUUUUUCCUUCUCUUUGAGACAGUAUUAUGUUAUCUUUUGCUGCUUUAAAUAUUUCUCCACUCCACAAGGUGUAAUCUGUAAAUUGUCAUUUUUCAAGUUUAGUAAUAACAGUACGUUUUACUGACAAAAUACAGAAAAUAUACUUUAUCACACCUGCAAAAUACAGUUAUUCACUGAUUUGUUUUAUAUGUGCAGGGAUCGCACCUUUUUAAGGAUUUAGUUUUUCAACAUUACAGUCACAUAUAAAUGGGAUACAAAACUAUACCAUUACAAAGCAGGGAGAGCACUUUUGACUGUUACAGAUUGCACCUUUUUAUGAGACACUUUCCCUUGUGUAAAGUGUUUUUUCUACCCCUUCCCCAGUCCUGACUGACUCUGAGUGAAUGCUUCUUGGAAAUACUCCCAUUACCCAAAUGUAUGCAGUAUUAUAACAUUAAUCUAGUUUUCAUCCAAAAGACAUUACAUAUAUAUUUUCUGGGAAUGUGUGGAUGAGGCCCAGGGAGCAAAACAGUGGACCUUAUUUAUGUAGUUAAAAAAAGUUUUUGACUCGGCACAAGGGUGACUGUUAAACUCUGUCCAGAUGUAGCAAAGAUCCAAAGUCUUAAAACACUGAGCCACAACUGUUCCCCACUACAGUUUCCUUUUUGGGCGCACCACGUUAUUAAUAACACACUGACUGACAGAUGGACUGACGGCUGUAUGCUGGGGUCAGAACUGUAGAUAUUCAUUUAUAUCUUUGUGUCCUAUUCUGUCUCUACAUUAGUUUAUGGCUAUGCAAACAUAAACUCCCCACUCCCCACAUACUGUAUUCUUGUUUUUUUGUGCUAACAUUAAAAACAACAAUAGUUACAUUAUGUUUGUCUGAAAAUAAUGGGUGCUUUCUUUGUUUGGAAUGUUGGCCUUUGUCUUGCUUCGGGAAAUCUUACUGCAUAAUGGAUUGCAGCAUUUUGCAAAGUUGCAUGGCAUAAGCAUUUGUCAAUAUAAAGACUCCUGUCUAUACUGAUGUCUGUGAAUUGUCAGUAAAAGGAUUACAUUGCUCGAUCAGUUUGCUGAUGUACAGUGUUCACUAAUCAGCUCGUCUAUAUCACACGAUGCCAACUCAUUUAAUCAGCCAUCCGAUUUGGAGGAUUUAUUUGAGCCACCUACAACAACAAAAAGGUAAUUAAGUCAGUCAGCAGUUGCUUAUACAAAUAUGAUAAGGGGAUUGACUGAAAUAAGGACUGGUUAAGUGUUCAGAGACAGUUGGUGAAGAGAUAGGUACUAUAUUUAAUCUUCCAGAUAGUUGACUGAGGGAAAUUUUGUCAAGGUGGCCAUGCUUAAAAAAUAAGAAGGCAGGUGUCUUGUGUGAGAUUUCAGAGCUUCCAUUUGCCAUGGAGGUAAUGUCCAGUAGCAGUGUCCAUCGCAGUACUAACAUCAAACCACACAGUAGGUCUCAGGAGCAUCUCUAGUUCUUCAUCAAGCAGGCCCAAACAGGGAAGAGUGCCUGUGUCACCUAUUUGUUUUGCUUCUGUAUGGUUACAUUGUAUCAGCAGCAUUUCAUUUUCAAAGAGGACAUUGUGUUUCUACAUGAGCAGUCAUUUUUUCCAUACCCACGUACAAUGAAGUCGAUGUAUCAAGAAAUGUAUUGUUUGGGAAUAAAUUACACAUUGACCUUA